UCUUGAUAAUGCCCUCUGAUCCGAAACUAAGCCGAAAUAGAAGGGAAAUAAUAAACACAGAAUAAGGCUCUAUUGAACUCCGUAGAACAUAAGAAGAAACGAUUCUGUAAAGAAAGAUUUCAGUGAAGUAUGAUGUAAGACAGUCAAUGCGACAAAUUCUAUAACGUAAGAAAGGAAUAAGUAUGGGUUAUACCACGCCAAAAAAAACGCACCGAUUGACCUUAUUCGCGGAACAUAGCAGUACGUGUGUGUGCGCGCGCGGAAUCAUCUAAAGCCGCGUACACACUUGAGCGCGAAUGCGAAUGAGGCAGGCCGAAGCCGUAACGAACGUUUCGCGCCGAGGAAUAAUAAUUUUGCCCGAAGACAUACGCGGCAAACUGAGGCAACUGUUCGGAAACGCUCCAGUUCAUUCGGGCCAUUCGAAAAUGGAGGACACAAACGUUGCAGUUGCUUGUGCAAGUUUUAUCACAAUUUAUUCAUUGUUGAAAAAAAAUAAAAAAGUGAAAAAUAAAAGACGUUGGUGGUCACUUCAGCUAUAUCUGAAAAGAAAAACAGAAAUGACGACCUCGAUGUUGAAAGAUCUCCGAGUUGAAGAAAAAAGUGGUCAAUUUAAAAACUUCACAAGAAUGUCAAACAGUGAUUUUAAUUUUAUUUUAAAUUCCAUCAAAGAUAAGAUAUCAAAAAACGACACAGUUUUCCGUAAAGCAGUCUCACCUGAAGAAAGAUUAGCUGUAACUUUACGAUUUCUUGCAACAGGUGAUUCCUUCACAAGUUUGCAAUAUCUAUUUAAAAUUUCCAAACAACUAAUAUCGAAAAUAAUACCAGACGUGUGCCGAGCAAUAAUUGAUUGUCUGAAGGAUUACAUGAAGAUGCCGUCAACUGCUGAUGAAUGGAAAAGCAUUGCCGAUACAUUUGACGAAAAAUGGAAUUUUCCAAAUUGUAUGGGAGCUGUUGACGGAAAGCACAUUAUUUUACAAGCUCCAAUAAAUAGUGCAAGCGAAUUCUAUAACUAUAAAUCUCAAUUCAGCAUUGUUUUAAUGGCGGUAGUAGAUGCUGAUUAUAAUUUUAUAUUCGUUAAUGUUGGCGCUCAGGGACGUAUUUCAGAUGGAGGUGUUUUCAGAAAUUGUGAAUUAUUCAAAGAAUUAGAAAAAGGAAAUUUAAAUUUCCCUAAGCCUUCAGCUUUAUAUGGGAGAAAAAUAAAAGUUCCCUGCGUCUUAUUAGGAGAUGCAGCCUUUCCUCUUCAUGAGCAUAUAAUGAAGCCCUACUCAGGCACUCAUCCAAUAGGAUCUCCAAAACGAAUCUUCAAUUACCGUUUAUCGAGAGCACGUCGUGUAGUAGAAAAUGCCUUUGGCAUUGCUGCUAGUGUGUUUAGAGUUUUGAGAAAACCAAUGUUGUUACAGCCAGAAAAAGCGGAACUGAUUGUGAUGACAGUUGUCAGCUUACAUAAUUUUUUACGCAGAAGUCAAACCUCAAGAAAUAUCUAUACACCCAUUGGAUUUACAGACAUUAUUCAGAAUGGAGAAAUAAUAACUGGAUGCUGGCGAAAUGAUCAACAGGGAAUGUUAUCUCUUCUUCCGAUACAAAAUGUACCUCGAAGAACAAAACGAUUUCCACAACAAAUACGAGAGGAGUUUACGGAAUAUUUUUGUACUUGUGGUAGUUUGCCAUGGCAGAAUAAUUACACUUAAAAUCGAAUUAAAUAUUCGAAAUUUUCUUAAACUUUUGAAUUGUUUCUAACUUUACUACUUACGCUCAAAGUCUUCCGAACCUCGUCCUUAUCUUCCAAAAAAUGUAAAUGUUCGAACCCAAACCAUUUGGACAUGUAAACCUCAUUUCGUCCUGCAAUUAUAAAUAUACUUUACGAAAUUA